UUGCUCUCAGCAUCCAUCUGACACCAUGUGGAUCCAAGCCACUGCUCUGCUGCUCCUCGCCUGCUGUCUUUGGCCAGCUGAGGCUCAGCGCGAAAGGAGACAAAGCAUCUGGGACAAUCCCAUCAGGUUCCUGACCAAGAAUAGGGACAAGUGCACCAUGAUACUUACGGGCCAAGGGGAAAACAUAAAGCUGAGGCUGUCAUGCCAGGGGAGGAGGCAAUCCUACUGGUGUGAGUAUGUUGGGAAACCUUACAUCUGCCCUGCUUUCAACAAAAACCCAAGGCACUACUUUGUCCAGAUGAUGUGGACACUCAGAAAGCAACCAAAUGCCUGUAAGGGUCCUAGACAGAUCAAACCUCACAUGUGCAGGAAGGCAACUGAUGAAUCUCUGAUGAUCUUCUCAGCUGGUCCUUUCCUGUGGUCUCGGCCACCAGCACAGCCAUCAAAGCAGCCUGAAAGAUCCCAAGGUACACCUGCUUACACAAGACCAAAUUUGACAGUGAAUGCCCCUUUCAAAGCAGUUCGGGCGUCAGGGAGAGUUGAAACCACACAGAGAGCCAACCCAAAACCAACGGCACCUCCGACUGAGAGCACUCGGAAGAGAGUGGCCCGGCAGUACUGCUGGAGGUCCCUGCACGGCGUCUGCUCCUUCGUAAUCGGUUUGUUUCGAAAUUAACAAAAAAGGAUUAUAUUUCUUCCUCUCUGUCCUAAAUACAGAUUGUGCUGAUCUGUUGACUCAAGCAACCACUGGAGAAAAAUCCAGGCUAGCCAUUUGCUUUGAAAUAUCUAUAGUGCCCUCUUACGGACAUUUACUGGUACUACAGUAUUUGUUUUUUGUUGUUUUUUUUGUUUGUUUUUUUUUCAAAAAAAAUGUUUUAUUUCUCUGAUUUUACAUUUUUUAUGGAAACCUUUCUGGAGGUAUUUCAACAACUACUUUUAUGUUUUGCAUGAACUAGACCUGUAUUGAAUAGAACUACUUUAACCUGUGAAAAGAUGAGUAUUCAUGUUUGUGUUUUUGUGAUAUUAUCUUGAAAAUUGUUCUGGUGACCAGAAUUUAUGUUUGAUGUAUGAGAGAAAUCUUAUAUAUGGUAUAUUUCUGAGAAAUAUAUAUGGACUGUGAAAAUACUUUUAUGUGAGAAAUAAACACUAUUAGUUAAAAAAAUCUUAUUAAUCUGCUUAUUUUACACUGCUAUAUAAAAUAUGUAAUUAACAAAACUGUCAGAUGGCAGCUUGUGAAAGAAGGGAUAUUAAUAAGUAGAAAUACAAACACCCUAAAAUGUUUCAGUAUUGUUAAAAUGUUAAUUUUGGGUCAGGAUUUAAGAAUUUAAAAGGUUCUUUGAUGUUUUCAGAGCAGGUUAUAAGAAUAAUCUUUAAAGCAAACUUUCAUGAUAACUUAAAUCUUUAUUAGCAGUUAAACUGACAAACUGACAUAUUUAUGCCCCCUUAACUUUUUCACAUGACACAGAAUCCUGUGAAUUUCAUUGGGAUAUACAGCAUGGGACAAAUCUACAAAACGGAGUGGAUAAUUGUGAAGUAAAAGGAAAAUACUACAUGUUUUUCAAAAUGUUUUAUAAAUAAAAUUCUAAAAAGUGUGCAUCUGUGUUCAGCCCCCUUUACUCUGAGCCCUCUAAGUAAAUUCCAUGCCA